CCACACCACAAAACACACCGUAUUCAAAAUAAACCCAUUGAUCCAUACGAGCGUGAAACAUGUGCACUUUUAACAAAUCCAGUGUAUAAAGUUCAUCAUUGUUAAUAAUUAGUGUAAAAAAUAUUUGGAACAUUUGUUGCGCUGCUCUCAUUUUUUUUUUGUGGAUUAUGAAGUGUUGCCUCCGAAAACAGCAAAAUGUUUUCCAUUUUCUUAAUACUAAUAUACGCUUGUAGGAGUCACGGCUACGGUUACGAUGCCGGCACGGAUCAGGGAGCUUGUGGGAAGCCGUACCGGGCUUCGAGAAUGUACCAACCUCCGUGCGACUUGACCAAGCAGACUUACUGCAUCAAUGCCGGUACAAUGUACCCGUGGCACGCGGUCAAAAGGUUCAUCAGGGAGAACCAGGGGUUGAUGCGACGCAUGUACGGCGAUGAGAAGCACUUUGCUGUUCUUAAAGCCGAAUUGGAAUCGAACGAAGACUACAGCGGCGAGGAUCGGUAUCGCUACGAUGACGAUCUUUAUGGUAACGGGGAUUAUAAGUCUCGCUACGCUAAACAGAACAGCGACUUCGAGAACGAUAUCUUGGAGGAACGCGAGGACGUCGCGUUGGAGGAUGUGGCCGACGAAGAGGAGGCCAGGUAUUUGCAGGACCGGAGGGAUGAAAUUAUAAUGAAUACCAAAUUUGUUUAUAGUCAUGAGCCGGGAAUGCAGAUCAAGUUGAAGGAUCUGCAGCCCCCGAGAUUCAGACCUACAAGCACAACAUCCACUACAACAACAACAACAAGUACUACAACAACUAGCACCCAGAGAAGCGUCGAAGACCUGGAAGCGAAAACGCUCAAUAAGACUGUAGAGUUGCUAUAUGAAAAUUCCACAGAGAUUUUUUACGAAGUAGAUGAUGAUAACGCAAACAACAUUACGACUACUGAUUUAAGCGAAGAAGAUGGUACUACCACCGAGUACCAGCAAGAAACAACGACCCAAAAGAAAGAGCCUAGCCUUUUCCAAGAACCAGACAAAACAAAGAACAUGCUCAAAUUAACCGGAGUAAAUGCUUGCCCGGUCAAAGAAGAAGUUGUGGCUCCGUUCUGGGCUAACAAUACCCGAGGCGAGGUACUAGCCCUUCUCAACAUGCAGCCCUUCGAGCAAUACGUCCAUUGGGAAAAGUGCACUCACGAGAACCGACAAAUGCAUUGCAGAGAAGGCUGCAGGUGCGAGCAAAAGUAUCGUUUACAUCGAAUGUUAGCUUACGAUCCUAACAACGAAUGUAGAGGUAUUUUCUCCGAUUGGUUCCUAUUCCCUUCGUGCUGCAUCUGCAAAUGCUACGACCUACAACUGGAAAUAAGAAUAACGUCGCGAAGUCCGCGUAGUAGAGACCCAGAAAAAGGUAUUCCUAGUUGGUUCAAGAAAAAGACCAAAAAGGGUUUCAAUAAAGAUUAGAAUUCGAUUAUAAUGUGUUCAGAAUGUAUGACCCUAUACAUUUAUAAAUAUUUAAAUAUAUUCAUCUGUAUAUUAACUAGUGGCAAUUUAGACAUUGCCAAUUCGGUAGUUUUCGAAUGAAUAAGUUACCAGUAAACUGUAUAUAACUUUAAGCUGUUAUUAAUAAGUAUAGGACGUCACUCUGAACGCAGAUCAAUGUACAUAAUUCGUUUUGUUAAAACAA